AUGGAAAUGUCCUCUCAGACACGGAAUAGUACACCACUGCCUCCGAGCUGCAAAUUAUCUCCGGUGUGUCGCACACAUGGGGUGUCACUGUCGAGCACUAAGGUCCCCCAAGUCAGUGAGGUCAGAGUUCAGCUGGAGAUGCACGCACUUUGGCAGCAAUUCGAUCAGCUAAGCACGGAGAUGAUCGUCACCAAAGCCGGAAGGAGGAUGUUUCCAACAUUCCAGGUGAAAAUCUCAGGGAUGGAUCCGUCUUCGGAAUAUGUUCUGGUCAUGGACUUUAUCCCUGUAGAUGACAAAAGAUACAGAUAUGCAUUCCACAGCUCAUCCUGGUUGGUGGCAGGACGAGCAGAUGUUGCAGCGCCGAGCCGGAUGCACUUCCACCCAGACUCACCAGCUCGUGGAGCGCAGUGGAUGAAGCAGACGGUGUCCUUCGACACUCUCAAACUCACGAACAACCUGCUGGAUGACAAUGGACAUAUGAUAUUGAAUUCCAUGCAUCGCUACCAGCCACGCUUCCAUGUAGUGUAUGUGGAUCCAGCGCCCGACAGCCAUUUAAAUGCAAAUAGAAACUUCUGCUCCUUCUUCUUCCCCGAGACACAAUUCAUGGCAGUCACUGCCUAUCAAAACCACAGGAUCACACAGCUGAAGAUUGCCAGCAACCCGUUUGCUAAAGGCUUCAGAACAACAGACACACAGGAUUGGUUAGUGGUGACGUACAAUAGUAGUCCAGAAUAGUCCAGAAUCAGGGCAGUACAUUGAGUACAUCAUCAUACACGUGUUAUGUAUGCCUGGCAUAGUAUUCUGUGGGGUGAAUGGUUUGUGUGAACACUUAGGGGGGGCAGUUCCAGGCCUCCUGGAGAGUGGUGUCCACCUGAGGACAAAGCAGAGGACAAUGUCGCAAAACGAAUAGCGGACAGUGGCUCAAAAGACUCAAACGGUCAAGAGGUCUUGCAUCUGGUGGAGCAGAGGGAACAGUUUUGCAACUACACAGAUGCAGUAGUAGUCGACAUGGGAAGAAACAAUGAAAACAGCAUUUUAGUCCCAGCUUCCCUCCUCAGCACCUUACCUUCUUACUGGGAUUGUGCAGGGUCAACCCAUGAGAAUAACAACCUGUCGUAGAGAAAGACAAGAUCCGUGAUUGGACCUUUGCCUACAUCCUGUUGUCACAUUAUGUUAAAGCGAUUGUAUGGUAUCAAAAAAGUACAAAUUCCACA